AUGUCUUCAACAAUCCCGAUUCAUUUCAACUUCAAGCCCUCCAGUUUUCUGCAACACCAUAGUCGAGUGGUGGUUUUUUCAGUUAAGAAGUCGUUGAGCACCGCCGUUUCCCCCAGAAACCCACAUGGCCGUUACUGUUAUCGUCGUGAUAUAGUCAGAAAUCCCGUGCUAUGCUGUGUCUCGACAAGGGCCUGCAGCGAUGAUGGUGGGGGUGAGGUUUUUGUGACCCAAGAAGAGGCUUCUGCUUCUGAUGUUGACACAUUAAAGAGCAGAUCGUCUCGCUCUAAUGAUGGUUAUGUGGCAUUAUUUGUUCGGAUGCUUGGGUUAGACAAUGACCCUCGUGACAGAGAACAGGCCGUCGUUGCACUCUGGAAGUAUUCUCUUGGAGGAAAGCAGUAUGUUGAUAACAUCAUGAAAUUUCAUGGCACUAUCAAUCUCACCUUGAAUCUUCUGAAAUCAGAGUCCGAUUCUGCAUGUGAAGCAGCUGCUGGUCUGUUGAGGAUGGUAUCCUCAUUUAAUGUAUACAGAGAUUCAGUGGCCGAGACUGGUGCUAUAGAAGAGAUAACUGGCCUGUUGAGACGAUCUUCCUUGUCUCCUGAUGUGAAGGAGCAGAGUUUAUGCACAUUGUGGAAUUUGUCUGUGGAUGAGAAGGUCAGAGCAAGAAUCACCAACUCUGAGCUCCUACCUAUACUUAUAAAGUUCUUGGAGGAUGACAAUGUAAAAGUGAGGGAAUCUGCUGGCGGAGUUUUGGCUAAUUUAGCGCUUAGCCAGUCAAAUCACGAGAUAAUGGUUGAAGCAGGUGUUAUUCCAAACCUGGCAAAGCUAUUGAAUGCUGAAGUGGAGGAAUCUAAAGUUGUUAGGAAAGAAGCAAGAAACGCAUUAUUGGAACUCAGUAGAGAUGAGUACAAUAGGAUACUUGUCAUGGAGGAAGGUCUCGUUCUGGUUCCUUUGGUCGGUGCUGAUGCCUACAAGUCUUUUAGACCAGCUUUGUAUUCAUGGCCUUCUUUGCCUGAUGGCACAAAGAUUGAACUGGGUUCAAAAGGCCCUUCUAGAUAUGGUGCUUCAGAACUACUACUUGGAUUAAAUAUUCAAGAUAGGAAUUUAGAUUUGGAGGAGGCAAAGAUGAAUGCGGUAGUCGGAAGAACUCAACAACAGUUCCUUGCCCGCAUUGGCGCAAUAGAAAUGGAAGAUGGUAAUAAACCCAACAGUGAAGAAGGGAGCUCGAGUCAGAGGUUUACUCUUUUGCCUUGGACGGAUGCUAUUGCUCGAUUGGUUUUGAUUCUUGGACUUGAAGACGAGUCGGCAAUUACUAGAGCUGCACAAUCAAUUGCAGAUGCAUCCUUCAACGAACGUAUGCGGUUCUCAUUUAUGGAAGCUGGUGCUAUCAAGCAUCUUAUUCGGUUAAUUAAUCAUCCCAGUAGCGCCGUUAGAUCGGCUGUAAUUCUGGCUUUGUACAGGCUAUCCAUCAGCGAUCGUGUUUGCCUGAAAAUUGAAGCGGAAGGUGUUUUGCACCCUCUAGUUUAUUUGCUGAAGCAGUCAGAAUCAGCAACCUCGCAGGGCUUGAUGGAAAUGAUUGUGAAUAUUCUAAGUCGGAUUUUAGACCCUAACAAAGAAAUGAAAUCAAAGUUCUAUGAUGGACCAGUAAAUGGUUCAGAAAAGGGAAUGGAUGCUACUGCAAUUCCAACAUCUGAUGGCAAUGAGACAAUUGCAUGCGAAUCAUCUUCCAGCACUAAUGGGAGAGAGCUUGUGGAGCCCACUGUUCUUAGUCGCCUCGUGGAUAUCUUGAAGAAAUCAAACCUGGAUUUACGAAGAAAAGUUGCUUCAAUCCUCGAGUUCAUUGCAGUGAGUGAGUCUUGCGUGGAACAGAUCAUCUCGGCUGACAUAGAAUCUGGUCUAGAAGCCGUUUUUCGACUAAAACCUUUGACAGAAAAAGGACAUGGUAUUGAUGAUGAGAAGCCAGAACUGCAAUCACUGGAACUUGAAGAAGCCGGCCAAGCAGUAUCUGCAGCAUCGCGAUUACUUGCAAGGUUGCUCGAUUAUGAUCUCUUUCGUCGAACUAUUAAUCCUCUCCACUUCACCAAAUUGCUUCGUGCCGCCCUCAUGUCCGGCAUUCCUCUUCACAACAAGGACUGGGUUGCUGCUUGCCUAGUUAAAUUAAGCUCUUUGUUAGGUCCCAAUCUCGACCUUGAGAAUCCAGUCAACAUUGAAGUAACCCUAUACGAAACAAUCCCAAGAUUGAUAGAACAAAUUAAGAGCUCGUACUCUACCGAGGUUCAAGAAGCCGCUGUUUUAGAACUCAACCGAAUAAUAUCCGAAGGGUUGGUGGAUUCUACUCAAGCUGUUGCAGCCGAGGGGGCAAUAUUUCCACUGGUGGAACUGCUCGAAUCCGGGACCGAAAGAGCUGUUGAAGCUGGCUUAACUAUACUGUAUAAUUUAAGCAUGAAGAGUGAAAAUCAUGCAGCCAUUAUCUCUGCAGGAGCAGUUCCUGUAUUGAGAAGAAUCGUUCUUUCAGAAAGGUCAAACUGGAUGCUUGCUCUUCGUUUGCUCAGAACUUUACCUACAUGA